CCCAGCAGAGCUGCAGAGCCUGAGCGAUGAUAUCCUCAGACAUCUUCUGGGCCAGAUCCAGGAUUGGUUUGCUGACUGGAGGAAACUCUGGUGACAUCCAAUCAGCUGGCUUUUCCAUGGAGAUGAACCAGACCUCCAGGCUGCUGACGGAGAGCGGAGAGCAGUGCUCGGCCUGCGACUUUCGGGAGCACAGCAAGCAGAUGAGGCUCCACAGCAUCAAGUCCCAGAUCCUCAGCAUCCUGCGGCUGGAACAGGCUCCAAACAUCAGCCGGGACAUGAUCCGCCAGCUGCUUCCCAAAGCACCUCCACUGACGCAGCUCCUAGACCAGUACGACCCUCGAGUGGAGGACGAGGACCACGCCACGACAGAGACCAUCAUCACCAUGGCCACAACGCCUAAUCCAAUUGCCCAGGACGAGUUGUCCUCUUGCUGUCUCUUCAGCCUCAGUCCAAAGAUCCAACCCAAAAACAUCCUGCGUGCUCAGCUGUGGGUCCACCUGCGGCCGGCUGACAUGGUCACCACCGUCUUCCUGCAGAUCUCCCGCCUGAAACCAGGAAAGGAAGGGAACAACACCAGAGUGAGAGUCCGCUCCCUGAGGAUAGACACUGAUGCCGGUGCAGGCUCCUGGCAGAGCAUUGACAUCAAGUCUUUGCUGCAGGCGUGGCUGCGUCAACCAGAGACUAACUAUGGCAUUGAGAUCAAUGCCUAUGACUCCAAAGGAGAAGAUCUAGCUGUCACCUCAGUAGAGCCUGGAGAGGAAGGUCUGCAACCAUUCAUAGAGGUGAAGAUCCUGGACAGCCCAAAGAGAUCACGCCGUGACUCAGGCCUCAACUGUGAUGAGGAGUCUGCAGAGACCCGUUGCUGCCGCUACCCACUCACUGUCGACUUUGAGGAGUUCGGAUGGGACUGGAUCAUUGCACCCAAACGCUACCGGGCAAAUUAUUGCUCAGGAGAGUGUGAAUUCAUGCACCUGCAGCAGUACCCACAUGCUCACCUGGUGAACAAGGCCAACCCACGGGGCACUGCAGGGCCCUGCUGUACACCCACCAAAAUGUCACCCAUCAACAUGCUCUACUUUAACCGCAAAGAGCAGAUCAUCUACGGAAAGAUCCCAUCCAUGGUGGUCGAUCACUGCGGCUGCUCCUGAAGACACCCAGGUGUCUGCAGAAAAUAGACUUGAACAUAGACACUUUGCUUUCAGUUGAAGGGAUGCAAAGUUUGAAAUGUAGUCAAAAAUCUAAAGUGAGACUCAGUAAGAGUCUACCUUUAGAUUUUGGACGUCAUCAUAGAGGUGCAAGGAGUAUUUGAAGGAUAGGACUCCUUAAGUUGUUUUUAGUUUCAUACUUUUUGCUUAUAUCUAAGUAUAAAACACACAAAGUCCUCAAUGACUACUCCCUGGUGGGUAACUUAAUGGUGCACACAGGAUUGGUAUGGUGCUCGGCAUAUGAAUGUAAAGCACAAGUGUUGAUGAAAAAAUAAUGAGAGUAUGAAGCAGAAAAAUGUGCGUAUAUAUGGAGUCCUGCUGCUUCCUGUCCUCCUGUUUCAUGAAAUGUGUCCUGAUUUGAGCCUUGACCAGAGCAUUCCCUGCAGGGCGUCUUCCAUGUGUGCCUUUAUUUUGAAAAACAUGAACCUAGUGACUCUGAGCUAACAGAUUCUCCAUCCCUUGUCCCAAAGCUUGUUUGCAAACUCCGUGCUGUGAUUUGUGCUUCAGAGCAUCCCACUGAUGUAAGCAAGGAAAAUACUUUUUUUUAAAGAGAUGAGAAUUAAGCAAGCGGGUUGUGAACUUUAAUUUAACUCUGUGACUGCUGCUCUCACUUCACUCGUAGCAUCAUGACUUCAUGGAGUCAGACAUUUGAGCAUGCUGGGAGUUGAUAGAAGAAACUGCCAAGCACAACUUGAGGUGAUAAGGCUGAGAGAGACUCCACGGAGGAGGACUGUGAAAAAACCUCAUUUGAUUGGAAGUUGUUUCAGACUUAGUGAUCAUCACUGACUCGUCAAAGAGAGCAUUAAUUACAAGGACAGUUUUUAUAAUUCAUCAGCUGAUCACAAUGUGAGGGCAGGAACUGUGAUCACAGAGGGAGGUUUGAUCUCAAUCUGAGCUGAGUGCAGAUGUCCUGAGUGUUGAUGUGCUUCACGGGGGUUUCUGACCCAAGUUCUGCUGUUGGAACAGAACGUCCACAAGCGACACUUUCAUGUUUGUGAACAAAAUGUCCACUGAGUUAAAAGGCUCAGAUAGAAGAAAUCUUUGAGUAGUUUAAUCACAGUUUACUGUUCCUUCAGCCUCUCUCACAGAUUUGCAUUUCAGAAAGACAGGAUAAUUCCCCUCUGUGAGAUUUGACAUAAUAAAACAUGUUAAUAGACGUGAGUUUGAUCUGUUCUGUUUCUGAAAUGUUGUAAGAAAACUGAAGAUAAGUGUUGUUGAAAGAGUUUGAUUUAUAUUUGUUAUAAAUAGUGCUUCUGUAUGACUGAGACUGCAGUGAAAAGUUUGCCUGUUUUUUGUUGUAGUUUUUGUCCAUAUAUAAAAAGAUGAUUUAAUUGUUGGAGUUUUAGAAACAGCUUCAUAAGCUCUGAGAUAAUCUUGGUGCAUUUUUUUGUCAGUUUUGGAGCAGUUCUUGCUUCCAGCUGCAAUAUCAUGUGACUUUAAUGUCACAUUAUCCCAAGUGAAACCCACAGUGUUUACUUUUUCACUAUGAUUGCAAACAUAUUUACUGGGUGUAUCCCUCUGUUUUUUUUCACUAAAUGUUGCAAAAGCAAAUGAAACCUGUGACUUUUUAACAUUGGAAACAUGUCUGCAUGAAUGUAGACUGAGUGAUAAGAAUGAAUAGAGAAUAAUAAACACAAAGGUUGUCUCUUAAAGCUGAGUUUUCCUCUAAUCCCUAGUAAUCCUUUCAGUCUGGAUUCUAUAAACUGGUAUAAAGUGGAAAAGUGGUGUUUUAAAAAUCUGCCACAAGGUGGAGCCAAUGUGCAAGGUUUCCAAACUGAUGUGGUAUUGACACUUUAGGGUAAUGUUUUGAACCACUUGCACCUUUGUGCAAAGUAAGUAUUAUUAACUGUUUUGUGCACUCUGCAUUUUGUGUACACGAAUAAUCACCUGAACUCUGUCUAAAUUUGGACAUACUCUCUGACCUAUCAUUUACAGCAUUAUUACCUUUCUAUAUACUUGAAAAUGUGUGUAAUAACAUGCUUUAUGAAGGGAUGAUUAUCACACUAACAGUCUUUGAUACAUUUGUAAAUAGUGCUUUUUUAUGUGUUGUCUGUACUCUUUAUUAAAAGGUGUUUUGUUCUCCUGCUGAAGAGGGUAUUCAUAUUGUCUCUAACACAUCAAUUAAAACACAGUCAUCCCUUAAUCAGCUGUUAUAACUCCUUUGGUAAAUACAGUUAUGAUCUCCUGUGCUCCACAUGCAUGAUCAAACAUCCUGAGUGAGAAGUCUGAUUA